UAGCAAAUGAGGCCAGGAUGUCGCCUUCGGAGGUCCUCAGGAGAGAACGACUCAAGCCCGACCGGCAACCUGAUGCACUUCGAGGCCAGACACCCGCUGCCUCUGCAACGGCUCAUCCCCACCCUCCCUCCAACGCCUCCUCCACCCCUGCCCUCUUUCCCUCCGACGUAUACGGAGGCUCUAGUUUCAAUGUUGCCCCUGAGAGCCGAGGUCCCUGACUCCGAAUGCGUCGAUAAGGACCUUCACACGAACGGUGAAGUGUUUGAUCACGCAGAAGGAGUCGAUGGUACCAAGUGUCCAAGCUUUCACGAUGGAUACGCUUGUUGGCCAUCAACUGCUCCCGGAACAUACGCCACUGUGCCCUGCCCGCCAGCACUCUUGGCGUAUAAUUCGACAAAUUAUGCGUCUCGACUCUGCGGCACUGAUGGGAAAUGGUCACCGGAGUAA